AUGAUAUCUCGACUCGGCGCUGAUGCAUUCUGGAACCGCCUGCACCUUCUGUAUGCAUACGAAGCCGAGAAACGCGCCCUGCGCUACACGCAGCGCAUAGACCGCUCCGAACGCAAUCACGAUGCCCCCGACUUGGAGUACCGCCCAGGACAGAUAGCGUACGCGUGGGGCGGCAAUACGAACGCGUACUUUGACUUCCUCGCCAUGCACAGGUACAAACUCAAUAAGGAGGAGCGCGCACUUGAGCAGUACUACCGGCCUUUCGCAGCAAAAAAGCUUAUUGGCAAGUACUGCGUCAUCCUGAGCCGCUUGAACCACGACCCGCACGAGAAUCAGUAUUUGGUGUGCUUGUUGUCGACGUUCGGGGGGACGGAGCACGCGAAGGAGGUCAGGACGCCUGUGAAUCGGUUCUUUGCGGUGCCCAUGGGUCCGUGGAUCGAGGGCUCAGCUGGGAAUAUUGAACCCAUCCACACGAAUCCGCCGUGGAACAAACCAUCGUUCGUGUUCGGGGCGCCCGUGAUACGCCGCGUAAUCACCUCUGCGCGACUGCCGUAUCUGUAUAGCCUGGCUCCCGGGGAGCUGGACCGGUUGCUGGCCAUUCUCCGCAUCAAGGUUGAGCGAUUCCAUAAGCGCUCUGACGAGUUGAGAGCAGAGUUCUUGUAUACUCUGCGUCACAUCAAAUCUCGUGAUGCCCGUGACCUCGAGAGGGUUGAAGAGUUCGCAGAGGACGUCGAUCCUACGCGAGCAUACUUGCCUCGCGAGACGCGUCGGCAGAAGGAAGCCAAGCAGAGCGAAGCCGCUCGCGCGAGGGCGGACGUCGACGCGUCUCGAUGGGAUAAUGGGCCAGGGUCGAAGAAGAGGACCUACUUCACUCCUUUACACUUGUUGUCCACGGGCGGGCAUGAUAUAACAUGGCCGCUACAAUACGUGGAGCACGACAUUGUGCAUUCGUCGCCUGUGUUGUCACAUCGGAAAGUCUACAACACUGUACUCAAGAAUUUACCUCCGAGCCCGCAGUACGGCUCGUAGGUGAUCGUUUCGCAUAUGCGCAGGAGGUGCGUUGAAAUGCAGUGAUACAGUUUAGCGCGAGGCCCGCCGCCCAGCGUAUCACCAAGAAUUUGUGGCCAAUGCUGCUGCAUCAAUUUAGCAAGGACACACGUGACCACUGGGUACAAUAGAGUGUUGUCCCAAGGAGCCACUCAUAUCUCCAGGCCGACUAUCCCGUCUGCGACUACAUCG